AAAUGUAACACAAUCUUGGCACAACUUAGAUCCCCCUUACGUUACAGCCCUGAAAACCUAGAACUUCCUUGUACUUUAACUUCCCUUCUCUGUCUUUUUUCCACCAAAAAAACCUUUUAUUUGCUUUAAUGGCUGCCUCCACCACCACGGCCACCACUGGCGCCGCUACCGCCAUCUACAACUUCCCUUCAUCUCUCUGUUCUAACCCUAGACAAACCCAGAAAGCACCUGUUUCUCUCUUCUCCAAACCCCUGCAAAAGCAUGCUCUUUUCCCUCUCAAACAACAACCCCACAAAACUGACUUCGUUGUUUUCUCUAAAAACCCCAUAUCUGGAUUCUUUAUCGGUGACGAAAAGCACCCAGAUAACGGUUUUGUUAGCGUUGAUGAUGAUGAUGACGAUAAGCCUCGUGAAGAGUGCGGUGUUGUGGGCAUCUAUGGCGACCCUGAAGCCUCUCGUUUGUGCUAUUUAGCGUUGCACGCGCUGCAACAUCGUGGUCAAGAAGGCGCUGGUAUUGUUGCUGUGAAUGAUAAGGUUCUUCAAACUAUAACUGGUGUUGGUUUAGUCUCUGAUGUGUUUAAUGAGUCUAAACUUGAUCAAUUACCUGGUGAUAUGGCUAUUGGUCAUGUUAGAUAUUCAACUGCUGGUAGUUCUAUGCUUAAAAAUGUGCAACCUUUUGUUGCUGGGUAUAGGUUUGGCUCUGUUGGGGUAGCACAUAACGGAAAUUUAGUCAAUUACAAAACUUUAAGAGCUAUGCUUGAAGAUAAUGGUUCAAUUUUCAAUACUAGUUCUGAUACUGAGGUUGUUCUUCAUUUGAUUGCGAUAUCAAAAGCAAGGCCUUUCUUUUUGAGGAUUGUUGAUGCUUGUGAGAAGCUUGAGGGUGCUUAUUCUAUGGUGUUUGUGACUGAGGAUAAGCUUGUGGCUGUCCGUGAUCCCUUUGGUUUUAGACCAUUGGUGAUGGGUAGGAGGAGUAAUGGCGCAGUGGUAUUUGCAUCAGAGACUUGUGCACUGGACUUAAUUGAGGCUACAUAUGAGAGAGAGGUUUAUCCUGGUGAAGUUUUGGUAGUGGACAAAGAUGGGGUACAGUCACUUUGUUUGAUGCCUCACCCUGAACCUAAACAAUGCAUCUUUGAGCAUAUUUAUUUUGCACUGCCUAAUUCAGUUGUUUUUGGGAAGUCUGUUUACGAGUCUCGGCACGCUUUUGGAGAAAUACUUGCUACUGAGGCUCCUGCUGACUGUGAUGUUGUGAUUGCAGUCCCAGAUUCUGGGGUGGUGGCUGCACUUGGUUAUGCAGCAAAAGCUGGGGUACCAUUUCAACAAGGUUUGAUAAGGUCUCAUUAUGUGGGCAGGACUUUCAUUGAACCUUCACAGAAGAUUAGGGAUUUUGGUGUCAAGCUUAAGCUCUCACCUGUCCGAGGAGUAUUGGAGGGGAAGAGAGUUGUGGUUGUGGAUGACUCAAUUGUCAGAGGAACUACUUCAUCUAAAAUUGUUAGGUUGCUUAAGGAGGCGGGGGCUAAGGAGGUUCAUAUGAGGAUUGCCAGCCCACCUAUCAUUGCAUCGUGUUACUAUGGAGUGGACACACCUAGUUCUGAGGAGCUGAUUUCCAAUAGGAUGAGUAUUGAGGAGAUUAGGGACUUUAUUGGGUGUGAUUCCCUGGCAUUUUUGCCAUUUGACAGCUUGAAGAAGUUGUUGGCAAAAGAUUCUCCAGACUUUUGUUAUGCUUGCUUCUCUGGGAAUUACCCAGUCAAGCCAAGAGAGGUUAAGGUAAAAAGAGUUGGUGAUUUUAUGGAUGAUGGGUUGACUGGAAGCAUUGAAUCCAUUGAUGGUGGUUGGGUGCAAGGACCACGAAAUCUGAAUGAGAACCAAGGUGAUUCAUCUCGGCAUGGUGAGUUCAUUGCUUACAAUACCUCCAAUUUACAGCAUUGAUGCCUUUUGCCUUCAACACAAGAAGCUUACGGAUAUGUGGUGUGCAUCCGAAUAUAGUCUUAUUAUCAUUAUAUCAAUCUCUUUUCUUGGAUAAACUGAUUUCCAAACUCUGGAGCUUACCCAGUUUUGUUGGCUCGUUUCAAUUUUGCAAGAAAAUUUGAUCUGAUAAUGGGGUUUUUACUUUUUUUCAUAAUAGAUCGAUGGAUAUCAACUAAAUGUGUUUUCUUUCCUAUCUUGCUAAAUUUACAGUGCCCUGAAAUGUCAUUGAUCUUCUACUUGAUCGUUGAAAAGCAAUGUAUAUAGUUGAAUAAAUGCUUAGAAUUGCUUGA